AUUGGUGCAGGUGAGCAGCUUAGCGCUGGUUUGUGCCGUCCGAGCUGUCAGCCACGUCACCUCCUCUGAAACAACUUUCCUCUCAGACCACCGUGGACACAGCUGAGUUUCUGAGUGGACUCUGUAGACACUUUAUCUAUUCAUCUCCAUGAGUUUAGGUAACGAGCCGAAGAGCUACCGGGCACACUCAGAGUUCACUGUGCGGAUGUUAGCUUCUUUUUAGCUUCUUUAUCUCGUCUUGUUAGGCUAUUUUUUUGCAUUUGCAGGGCGCGUUUGCUUUCUGCAGCUCUGCCCUGUCUCUGGAGGACGUGUAAGGCCUGAAAGGAGACGUUUUAAGUUGUUUUUGUAUCGAAGCGGAACAUCAACAACAUGAAUGUUUUUCGUCUGGCGGGUGACGUGUCACAUCUGGUGGCUAUCAUGAUCCUGUUACUAAAGAUAUGGAAGUCCAAAUCUUGUGCUGGCAUCUCUGGGAAGUCUCAGGUGCUGUUUGCACUUGUCUUCACCACCAGGUACCUUGACUUGUUCACUGUCUUCAUCUCUCCUUACAACACGGUCAUGAAGGUGGUGUUCCUGGCUCUGUCCUAUGCUACUGUGUACCUGAUCUACAUGCGCUUCAGGAACACGUACGACUCUGACAGCGACACUUUCCGUGUGGAGUUCCUGUUGGUGCCAGUCAUCGGGCUGUCCUUCCUGGAAAACUAUGCUUUCACCCCGCUUGAGGUCCUGUGGACUUUCUCCAUCUUCCUGGAGGCGGUGGCCAUAAUGCCGCAGCUCUUCAUGAUCACAAAGACCGGGGAGGCUGAGUCCAUCACCACACACUACCUGUUCUUCCUCGGCCUCUACCGAGCUCUCUACAUAGCCAACUGGGUGUGGCGUUACCACACAGAGGGCUUCUUUGACCAGAUCGCCGUGGUGUCCGGCGUCGUGCAGACCAUUUUCUACUGCGAUUUCUUCUACCUUUACGUCACAAGGGUGCUUCGAGGAAGAGGAAAGAUGGGUCUGCCGAUGCCCAUUUAAAACAGACUGUUGUUCAUCCACCCGUGUGCCUGCUACAGCUCAGCACCUGGACACAGACCGAGCCCUUCAACUGUACAUGUAUUUAGCAAUAGGACUAAUGGUCUGAUGUCAUUCUGUUGACCAAAAUGUGUGCACCUCUAGAGAUGGAUUUUCUUUGUGAUGAUUGGUACUUUUAUGUGUGUGUGAGUCUGUAUGUCGGUGUGUCUGUGUGUGUGUUUGUGAUGUAUGUGUGAGAUUAUUUUUUUUCUUCACAAGAUGCAAACGUGACACUGGAAAUGUGUCCCCGAUGUGCAUGUGGAACUUAAUUUCAGGCAAAUGAGUGACACUAUGGAAACUGUGUAUUUUUCUUUACUUUCCCAUUAAGACUUUAGCUCUGAGACUGUUACAGUGUCGAAUCCACACAAUUGUAAAUCAGUUAGAUUGUAUGUAGCUUCAGAACCAGAGUUUCAUGUCAAAAAUACACUUAUCUUAAGUCACCACCACAUUUUUGACAAACUUGCCUGACAGUAAUGACAAAAUAUUGUAGUUUUUUUUAUUAUUUGUACUCUGUACUCUUUAAGCCAAGUCAAUCUAUAUAUCUUCCACUAAUUGUCUUCUUCUUUGGUUCUGUAAUGUUAUACACUCCCUGAAUAUGUUUGUAGGGAAGCCCUGUGAGGCAAGUGAGAAAAAUAAAACAUUUGGUGAUCCUUUUUUUUAA